AUGCAACAACUAAAGACAAAAAUAAAGCCUCCUUUUUAGUUGGAUGGGGUGUCAGUUGCGAGAAGAGGGAAGGUGUUCGAUUACAAGGCUGAGAAGGAUAUUCAUUUGGAAUAAUACCACCUUAAUCGGGAAGUGAGAUAGCGAAUGGUGAAAAUGAAACAAGAUAGAAUGAGCUAAAGAAAUUUGAGUAAUCAACAAUCAAAGUCCUUUGAAUAAACUAUACAUCAACAAGAAUAAACUUAAGUAUUAAAUUAAUCCAGCUCGCCUCAACACAAGACAACCUCUCAAGUAUCCAACACUCAAAAAGUUCCUGAUGUAUCUAGAUCAUUAUCAAAAGAACACUUUGUAACAUUUCUAGAUUAACUCAUUGCAACAGUCUAGAAUGUUUAACAGUUAGUAAUUACGUAUUUUCCAUAAGAAUAAAUGGACAAUUAAAUCUCUAAAUAGCAAGAUGAGUUACGAAAAAUUAGUUAAGCUACUGAAUAACUGAGAAGAAAACUGCGUGCGAAUUCAUUGGGUAAUAAAAAGGAAGUGGAGAACGUCAAGACUCAAAAGAACUUUUCAAAAUUGCCUUAAAUCAAGAAAAGCGAAGGCCUCAUUAGUAUGUCCUAAAGAAGAAAAGAUCAAAAAUAUCAAUCCCAUAAUCAAGACACUAAAAAAAUAGCUAUAGAAUCAAGGACACUUGAAAGAAAUUAGAAUAUAGAAUUGGAGGAAACAGACAAUCAUAAUUUUGUUUUUGAGCAUUAUGAAUCCGUCUAAGAUAACACAAUCAAAAAGACUAUCACAGAUAGACACACAGAUCAAAUCUAAAGUUAACGAGAUCCAAGUACCUAACAAUAAUAGUAAUUACAAAUACGAUCCGAUUAAACAACACAACUUCCAUCUGUCAGAAGCUCAUAAUAAAAACCAGUUUAUUAGUAUAAGAAAUAUCACAAGGAAAUUCAGUUAGUCUUAACUAAGCCUAAGUAAUAUAGAAAUGAUAACAGCAUUUAGUAAAUUUCUCAAUCACCAAAAGACUUAAAAAGCAAGAGUGUUGGUACUAGGGAUAAUUAAUAAAAAGUAUAAUCUAAGAAUAAGUCAAAAUUAGAUUUAAAAAAAAUCAAUUCAAUCAAUAUAUCCAAAAUUGAUGAAUAAAAAUCAAAAAAAAAUCUCAAUGUUCAAGAUAUUCCAGCAAAGAAAUCAACUAUAUCGCCAAUUACAAUUAAAAUUUCAGAUGUUGAUGAAUCAUCUAAUACACUUCAACAGAAGAAUUAAGUUUAAGUUGUUUAGGAUAAGGUUUAAUAUUUUUCUCGUGAUUCUCAACUAUUUUAGGUUAAUUAAUCCUAGAAUUAAACUAAAUCCUAUACAGAACCUUAGAAUGAAGAAAAGGGGAAGUUGAAUGGUACUGCCUACUUCAAUGUUGUGGAGGAAGAAGAAAGGAAGGAUACUUUUGGCAAAAUGAUUGAAAGCAAUGAAAUUAAAAGAUCAAAUGUAAAUGAGGAGGAUAAACUAAAAGAAUCUAACCAUUAAUAGGAAGAUGUAUUUAUUAAAAUGAUUCAAAAUUAAGCCACUCAGAAUGAUUAGAAACUGUUAAAAUAAUAGCAAUCCAAUAAGAACACUUUAAAUGAUAAUGAAAAUGGCAGUGAAGUAUUCAUCAAGGCUGCAGAAUCUAUUGAUCCAUACAGUGAUUAGGACGUUGUCAAUCCACUUGAAGAUAGUGAUGAUUAGAAAAGCUAUAAUUAGGAAGGCUUCUUGAUUACUACCUUAUAGUAAAAUAAUUAAUAGGUUAUAGAAUACUAAAAGGAAAAUUUUGAAUAAGAAUCGUGA